UUUUAUUCCAUAUGCCUGCGUUAUAGGUGAGGCAACUCCCGUUGGCAGCACUCUUCAUAGUCGGCAUGUGGAGGGCUAGAGUGGAGUUAUUCAGCGCAUCAGGCUUGAAGAGCACAAGGCACAUUACUGCACUUCUCGAAGGUUUUCAAUUAAAGGCACAAUAGUAUGAGGAGGACCGAUACUAUGAGAGUAAGGUCAAAUGAUGUUAAUGCUGUUAAAGUUAUCCAGGAUAUAAUACAGUCAGUACCCUUCACCCUUCAGCGUGUCUGCAGUAAUAAGAAGCCAGCAGAUGUUUUGGUUGUUGAUCCAGAAUCAGCCAACUACAUCAUUAAGGAUCUUACACUUACCCAUGAUGCUUUUCAACCAGUAAAUGCAGGAGGAUUUUUUUCUCGUUUAGUAGACAGGCUUUCAAAUGAUUUGGUAAAGGGGUAUCACGAGUCUGAGAAAAUGCUCCUCAAUAACACCACGCUUCUUGCGAUAGGUGAAUUGCGCUAUGUAGAUGGUAAAAUACAAAUUGCACCUCCCAGAUCAGGCGCAGAGUACAUUCUUACAAAGAAAAGUUUACCUGAUAUUAUUCAACUUGCUGAAAAGAAGUCCUUAUGGAUGAAAUGUUUGUUAAUAGGGACAGCAACAAUAUGGGUGGCAUUGUCAGGCAAACAUAUGUAUGAUGUAUAUCAACGAAGAAAGGAAGAAUAUGAGAGAAUAAGGAAUUAUGCUGAGAUGCGUAGGCUGAUGGCAGAAGCUCAGAGCAGAGGAUCACUUACUGCAUUGAACACCGAUGGAGACAAUGAAGAUAGAAACACGUGUGUGGUAUGCCUGUCCAAUCCACGUCAGAUAGUGCUCCUAGACUGUGGCCACAUCUGCCUGUGUGCUGACUGCGUGAUGCAACUACAUUUGCCAACGUCUUGUCCAGUAUGCAGGCAGCCAGUUGUUAGAUAUAUUCCCACUUAUAAUCCCUGACAUAGUAUUAGUUUUUCAACAAGAUAUUGAGUGAUUUUUUAAUUAAUCAGGAAUAAUUUUAAAUUUUGGUUGCUUAACUUUUAAAAAUAAAUGUUAAAAAAACAUUCCCAUUUUUAGUCAAGCCUAGUAAUAUUCAGUUCUUCAUAAUGAUGAUCACAGUUUCAAACACGAAGAAGAAAUCAUGUAGAGAUAAAAAUAUAGUAUUUAAAUAUUAAUAAGAUUGGUAAACUUAACGUUAGUAUAAUAAUUAUGAACUGGAUGUACCGGUAAUGCUAGUAUGGCUUGAUUGGUCAUUGUCGGCUCGGGUACUUUUUACAUGUACCCAGGGUACUCUUAAGUAUACAAACAUGUAACCCGAGUACGAGAAAUAUACCUAAACAUACCAGGUCGAUAUUAGACUGUACCCGAGUUUUAUUCCCGCCAAAAAUCUGAUGUCGUAAAACGCGCUACUAAAUACCCUUAAACAAUAUUGUUCAUCUUAAACAAACUUUUCUUUAAAAAAAAAUCAUCAACAUGCUUUUUAGUAUGAGUUUCGAUAAUACAGAGGCCAUUUAACAGAAAAUUUACAUAAAUGAGUACAUCAUUUAUUUUAAAAAAGCUGACAACAACCGAUUUAGUUUAAAAAUUCCCGGGUACGUUUCAUUGUGUCACACCGGUCUUACAAUAACGUAGUGACGUCACCAUUUAUGUAUAGAAUGGGGUACGUUUUAGUAUAUUUACCAUACCCGGGGUACAUGUAAGUAUACAUAAGAUUACCCGGGGUACAUGUAAGUAGAACCCGAGCCGACAAUCAAGCGCUAGUAUGACGUUAUGAGAACCUAUAUCAGUUUAGUUAGGUGUGUGAGGUAAUAUUACACAAGAGUUGCAGGCCCAGGUUGAACUGAUUAUAACACGCAGAACAACCUACUAGUGAAAUUGUCCAUUUAUAAUACACCUUUUUUUCUAAAUUAUUCUCUUUAAAACCAAAAUAUCACUAACUGUUUUAUGUUUGGUUACUGAAAACAAGGAUUUGGGCUGAAUGAUGAUUGGUGUGAAAGCAGGUUGAAUGUCUGUAUAAAUAUAAAAAGGAAUUGUGUGUACUAGUAUGAUAUGGAAACAAAAACGAUGUGUCAAAUAUGAUUUUUCAUAUUUUCAAGUGCAUUUGUGGUAAACAAUUUAUACAUGUAUAAGAAAUGUAUGUACCGGUUCUACAAGUGUGAUCAUAAAGUCAGUGAAAGGAUAAGAAAUAAAACAAAUAAAUACAUAUAUGAA